AUGCCCAAUCCACGUCACUCGUCGAAGAGUCCCAUCAAAGCUCAGGCCUUCGCGCUGAGCAGUGUACGACCGCCGCAGCGGCAAGGCGCUUGGCGUCCGCCCCCCGUUUAUUGUGCCGACGGCGUAACACUGUAUCAAGACUAUGUCAGAGCCCCACCUGGUCAGGUCGGGUUUUCGCUGAACACUUCGCGCCUGGAGAAUCUCGAGGGCCGGGAAUCCCUGCAUGUCAACAAUGGAGUAUACGAUGAAGCUCACUACAUAACGCCUCUGCAUUCCGAUGCAGUACCUGCCCCGACGGCGCACUCUGUGGCCCGAGAGAAGCAGGCUAAGCGCUGGGUCAUGGAAACCAUUCCCGCCCUACUGCCUGUCUACGUGGAUCUCAUGUACCGAACGGAGCGCCUGCGUCACCUUGAUCGUGCAACUCCGUCUACGGCCUCCUGCAUUUGCGGAAAACAGAAAGAGAUUCAGGUUGCAGAUUUAGACAAGGUUUCACUGCACCACUGUCCCUGUCGCCCAGCAACGCAGCAGCUUGUUGCCCGCGGCUUCUUUCCAAGCUUGCCCGUUGAACCGCACCUGGGUGUGGACAUGCGAGUGCUAGAUUUCGCGCAGGAUCUGUUCCUCAACCAGGCACCGAACAACCGUGCACUGACCAAAACGAUUGAGCAGUGCCUGGACAGGCUAGGCUACAAACUGCCCAACCGUGAAUCCCUACGACGCCAAUUUGGCAAUGCAUUAGAGUACUAUGUCAUGCUGCGCCAUAGUACAGAUCAGGCCAUCGACAACAUCCUCGCCACCGUGCGGCAGGGGAUCCAGAAUGAGGACGACAGCCAUGAACGCCCAACCACACCAGGUCCGAUGAUCGCACGAACCUCUGUGCAGGAAUCUCCGCGGAAGAGAGGCCGCAGGGAGUGGGACUCUUCUCCGCCGGCUUCUCCAACUAAGCGCACUCGAGCAGCGCAACCAUCAUCUCCGACACGAUCUUUGUUGCCGUCUUCAUCAUCUCCGGUUAGACUGUCGUUGCCUUCAUCGCCCAGUCGCCCACCAGCGUCUUCUCCGGAGCCGUCAUCGCCUGUGGCCGAGUCAUCACAUCACACCUAUCCAUUCACACCGCCCGAGGAUCGCCCGCGACCAAGUGAAUACCUCCGGAGCCGAUGUCCCGCCUGCUUCGGCGGCAAAUGGGAGGACAUGCGGGUAGCUCUUGAUUGCAUUGUUUGCGGAGACGCAUGCUUCACGCAGAAACGGAACAAGGACCGAGGCUGUCGAGAUCCGGAGCGCAUGCAUCCCAAGUCGUCUUUCUUGCCCGACCAAGCGACGCAGAAGAUGGCUGACUGGGUCGAAGGAAAACGCCCUGCUCGUUCCGCCCCGAACACAGCUGCUGCACCGACAUUAGAAGUUGAUGAUGACGAUGUGAUCGAAGCACCAAGCAUUCCUCUGCCUCGAUCCGUGCUCAAUGAGUGCGAACGCUCCUUCGCUGCAGCGGAUGAGACUAGAGCGAAGACCAGUUCCCAGUUCUUUGACGAUAAGGGACUGAUGGGCUUGUCGUGUCGUCACGAUAACCUGCUGUUCCUAGCAAACAUUAAGACACCCGGUGAGCGACAAUUCUACAUGUUUGCACUACUUGAAGCUCUGUUCCAGCACCUGCCGACUGAUUUUGUCGUUGGCUUCCUUUACGACAUUGCCUGCCAGUUACAACGAUCUGCAGUCAAAUACGACUUCUUGCCUCCAGAAUACAUGGCCAGACUGGAGUGGGCUGUUUCUGUCCUGCAUUCGUACGGUCAUGGAGCUGCCUGCCAAGCAGUCUAUCAUCCAAGACGCCGUACUCUAUUCGGUUAUUUGGAUGGGGAGGGUCUAGAACGGUUCUGGCACUCCCUCAGCCAUCUUGUCUCUUUUCUUCGUGUGUGCGGUUAUCACAAGCGCCGCUACACGCUGGAUGCACAGAUCAUACACAUACACAAGGGGAAUUUGUUCAGAUUGGGCAGCUGGCUCUCCAGGCGCUACGCUGAUUGCUGUCAGCAUAGACAGCACGCUACGAAUGCUCUGGCUGAAUGCCAGCAUUCUCUAUCGGUUCUGCGUGCAGAGCAUGCCAAACAAGUGACAGCCUUGUCACAGCCGUUACCUCGACAAUCAAAGAACGCAGGGAAAAUCGCCAUACAAGAUGUACUACGCAAGACAGUGGCAAUGGAUAGGCUGAAGAACCAGAUGUCGCAGUGGAAUGAAGCCAUUUACAAGGAGGACGCAGACCCCGUAUAUGUCGACUUCGCUUUGCAGGAGUACGCAAAAGCAGACGCCAAGUUAUCGAAACUUGCGGAAUCAGUGCGGAGGCAGAAGGCAGUCAUGGGUGUCGAAGACAAGGCGAACCUAGCGAAGCUGGUGAAGAGCAAGUACAUCCAGACUCGCACCAACACCGCCGCCGCAAAAACAAGGUUGCGCAAUCGCUUGCGGCAGAGGAAGUUUGAGCUCGACAGAGUCGAGCAUGCUAAAAUGACGACUCACAUCGAGGAUGCUGUGCUACGCCGCGACCGAAGUAUCAAGGAUGUGUGCAGGCUAUACAACAGGCUCUGCAAAGAACUGGAAGAACUCAUCCGUCUUGGUCGUGCUCCACGCAAUGCAAUUGCUCCUAGAGAAAUCAUUGAGCAGGACAUAUGGGCAUUGGAUGUCGAUGCUGAAAUCUGGCUUGACGUUGGCCUGAUGGAGGCAGACGAGGAAACAGAGCCGCCACUGUGGAUGAAAAGUGACGCAGUUCGUCAGGGUAUCCAGGCCAUGUUGGAGCAGGACCGCUGUAACGAAGAGGAGCCGCGUUUGUUUCAUGAAUGUCGGGCUUUGCGCUGGUGGAUGGCCGAGGAAUGGGAAGUGGUGACGCGCGGAAUGAAGUUGGCCGCGGAAGACGGUGAAGCUGCGAUUGUCUAUCAGUUCGAGCUUCGCAAGUCUGAAUUGACAAAAUUGGCUGCAGCAUGGGAGAAACCGCUACGUCAGGUCCCGUAUCCCACAUCCGGGUUGCCAGCAUGGGGCCCGUCUGAGGAAGAUCUGCUCCAAGUCCGCAUCGAGGACAUGUUUGCUAGAACGUCGGUUGGCAGCUGGAAGGAGCCUGAUACGCCAUCAUAUCAAGAGGACAUCGCAUCAGACAGCGACUCUGGGACAGAUACCGAAUACUUUCCCUACGACGAACUGGACGCCUUCGAGCGUGCCGGUGAUUGGCGGGAGCUUCAGGGUAUCUCAGCGCACAUGGACUAUCCCGAUUGGCUUUAG